AUGAUUCGUACGCCGUUCAGUUUGUCCGCAAAUGAAUUCACGAUGUGUUUCCUAAAGAAGUUUGUGUGCUUUCUAAUGGUGGCAGUCUGUUCAGUACACAGUCUGCAGUUGGACAGCCAGGCUUCAACACGACGCCCUAGAAUCACCAAGUACAGUAAAACUACUCUUACACCAGGAUCUACGGAGGCUCCAACUGAACGAAGCCUACUGACAGCAACCUAUCGUCUGCAAGGUAGUGGAGGGGAAACUUGCAUUCUCUUGGUCGUGGACGCUCUGCUGGACAUCUCUUACAUGACUAAACUGAACGAACGUGCUGACGCCAAUACUUUUGUCCCCAACAACGCCUUAGUAAGCGGCUCCUGUAAAGAUAGCGAUGUUGAAACUCUGGUUCUAUCUUUUAAGGAAUUCGCCUUGGAAUGGACAUUUGCAAAAACUCCAGGUGGUGAACGCUGGUACGUGGACAGCAUCAGAUUAACCUACAACUCCAGCGCGAGGAUCUUGGAGCACGCGGCCAAACAGGGGCGAAGAGUUAGUCUCACUACUGGGCCUAGGGCGUUGUUGUUUCCCACGCCUGUUGGAAAAUCUUUUGACUGUCCCGAUGAGUCUAUUGUGGAGUUAUUGGAGGAGGACGCUAGCAACCCGAACACAGCGCACCGCGCUAAGCUCUACCUUCGACAAAUGCGUCUUCAACCGUUCAUGUUCAAACGAGAUGGUGAGUUUGGACCUCCCUGGAAGUGUUCGGAUGCGAACAGAACUCGGUCUGAAACAGCCCCCGUCGCUGUCGGGUCAGCUCUAGCCAUCGCUACAGCUGGAACUCUAAUAGGCUAUGCGAUUUGGCGAUAUUUGAAAGUCAAGAAAGUACAAUACGACACGAUGGAAUGA